CAGACAAGUAGACAAAUACCAAUGGAGGAGAUAGAAAGUUUUCAGUGAUAUUGAAAGAAUCAGAUGCCGUGGAGAGAUGAUAAAAUAUCUUGCAGACGUUUGUUGAUUUAUGAGAUCAUGAGCAUUUAACACCUGAUCUCAUUAUUAAGGGCUAUGCAGUACUUUCCACCUUGCCAGUGGCUAGUCACACAAAUAAGUGGAAGGGUGGGUGCCCUGAGAACAGAGACAAAUUAACAAUUUUGCCAGCAGGGGAGAGGUUGUUCAUGCUGACAUCCUAGAGGUUGGAAUGUAUUUGGAACAAUGGGUUGCUGCUGAAAAGCUUUGACAGUUUAAGGAGAAAUGUGACAAAAGGAACCUGCCAACUUACAUAUCCAGCUUACAAACCAGAUCAACAGUUCUUUACAUUCUCAUGCUUUCUAAAAAUCAAAGCCAACACUUUCCGUAAAAGGGCAAGCAGUGUCCUUUUUCCUUUGUUUUUUAAAUAUAUAAUUUUUACUCAUUUUUUCCAGCGCAUACUCUUUCUCAGUCUAGGUGUUUUCCCGCCACCUCUUCUCCCCCUCCUCAUUCUCAGGUCCCCAAUUCUCCACUCAGGCCGGGACUGCCCCGGGGCCCGCACCUGCCAGGAAAACUCUCCAGCCCCGGCCCCGCCAGGGGGCUGGGAGUGACGUAGUCGGGAGCGUAGCGCCCGCGCGGCCUGCUGACGUCACUGCCGCAGCGGUCCAGAGCAAAGCCCAAGAAUGGGAAUUUGAGGAGGGAAAACAAGGUAGUGAGUCCGAGGUCAGGGCUGAGCGAUGCGACUGAGUUGGGUGCUUUGGAUGUCUGGGGUCGCAAGGCUAGAGUCGCACUGUCGCACAGGCUGAACCCACCCCACACCCUCAGCGCUCUAGAACACCAGAGUUUAGUGAUAAGAAUGUCCCCACUCGGCGGGGCCUCGUGCGCACGCGCCUUGGGUGGGCAGCAGAUUGGGGAGACAGCUGGAGUGGGUGCGGAUUGAGGUUAGUAGGGAAGGAGGGCGGUGUGUGGCACGAGGGAAGGUGACACAGCUCCAAAGCGCAGAACAGGAGGAGGACGGUUCGCAACCUCUGCCGCUAACCCGUCUCCACUGGCGCUGCGGCAGCACGGGGCGCGGGGCUUGCGCCGCGGCGUCGUGACGUCACGGAGGUGGCGGCCGUGGUUGGCGCAGGGUCCGCGGCUGCAAAGUGUGAAUUACGCUCGGCUCGCGCCACUGGAGGAGUGAAGCCAGGCUCGAGGGGAGGGGAGGGGCAGAACGGCGGCGGCGACCCGAGCUGGUGCUGCUCCCGGUCCUGGCGCACCCUGGAUCUUGACGCUGGCUCCAGCUCUCUUUUUUUGCAACACUCCUGCUCUGCUCCUCCCUGCACUAGAGCCCUGGGGCGGUGGGGUUACCUUUCCGACUUUGCCGGUGCUGCCGCUGCUGGCAUCCAGGAGCCGGGCGUACGCGGGUCCUGUUAGCUGUAUCCGCGGCUGCCUAAGCGCCUUCCCGCCGGCGGCCCGGGUGCAGUGCUUGGGUGGCGGAGGCGUGAGCGCGGCUUCCUGGCCCGGGGUCGGCACCCUCCAGCCCUGCCCCCGCCUCGGCCCGGUGCCCCGCAGCCGCGGCCCCUUCCCAGCACAGGGGCCAGCGGCCGGGGCAGGGCGGGCGUAUUCAAUGGAAGUAUGUUACCAACUGCCGGUGCUGCCCCUGGACAGGCCGGUCCCUCAGCACGUCCUCAGCCGCCGAGGAGCCAUCAGCUUCAGCUCCAGCUCCGCGCUCUUCGGCUGCCCCAAUCCUCGGCAGCUAUCACAGAGACGUGGAGCCAUUUCCUAUGACAGUUCUGAUCAGACUGCAUUGUAUAUUCGUAUGCUAGGAGAUGUACGCGUAAGGAGUCGAGCAGGAUUUGAAUCGGAAAGAAGAGGUUCUCAUCCAUAUAUUGAUUUUCGUAUUUUUCACACUCCAUCAGAAGUUGAAGUCUCUGUGUCUGCAAGGAACAUCAGAAGGUUGCUUAGUUUCCAGCGGUAUCUUAGAUCAUCACGCUUUUUCCGUGGUACUACUGUUUCAAAUUCUCUAAACAUUUUAGAUGAUGAUUAUAAUGGACAAGCCAAGUGUAUGCUGGGAAAAGUUGGAAAUUGGAAUUUUGAUAUCUUUCUAUUUGAUAGACUAACAAAUGGAAAUAGCCUAGUAAGUUUAACCUUUCAUUUAUUUAAUCUUCAUGGAUUAAUUGAGUACUUCCAUUUAGAUAUGAUGAAACUUCGUAGAUUUUUAGUGAUGAUUCAAGAAGACUACCACAGUCAGAACCCGUACCACAAUGCCGUGCACGCUGCAGACGUCACUCAGGCCAUGCACUGUUACCUAAGAGAACCUAAGCUUGCCAACUCUGUGACUCCUUGGGAUGUCUUGCUGAGCUUAAUUGCAGCUGCAACUCACGAUCUGGAUCAUCCAGGUGUUAAUCAACCUUUCCUUAUUAAAACUAACCAUUACUUGGCAACUUUAUACAAGAAUACCUCAGUACUGGAAAAUCACCACUGGAGAUCUGCAGUGGGAUUAUUGAGAGAAUCUGGUUUAUUCUCACAUAUGUCAUUAGAAAGCAGGAAACAAAUGGAGACUCAGAUAGGUGCUUUGAUACUUGCCACAGAUAUCAGUCGCCAAAACGAGUAUCUGUCAUUGUUCAGGUCCCAUUUGGAUAGAGGCGACUUAUGCCUGGAAGAUGCCAGACAUAGGCAUUUGGUUUUGCAGAUGGCUUUGAAAUGUGCUGAUAUUUGUAACCCCUGUCGGACCUGGGAAUUAAGCAAGCAGUGGAGUGAAAAAGUAACAGAGGAAUUCUUCCAUCAAGGAGAUAUAGAGAAGAAGUAUCAGCUGGGUGUGAGUCCGUUUUGUGAUCGUCAGACUGAGUCUAUUGCCAACAUCCAGAUUGGUUUUAUGACUUACCUAGUGGAGCCUUUGUUCACGGAAUGGGCCAGGUUUUCCGAUACCAGGCUGUCCCAGACAAUGCUCGGACAUGUGGGGCUGAAUAAAGCCAGUUGGAAGGGACUGCAGAGAGAACAGUCCAGCAGUGAGGACACAGAAGCUACAUUUGAGGAGUUGAACUCACAGUUAUUACCUCAGGAAAACCGGUUAUCAUAACUGCAGAGUCAGUGCGGCAGCCUGCCUCUGGGAGGCUCUCGGAAAUGUGAAAUGGGGGCUUGAGGUGAGGGAACUUACUCUUGACCGCCAAGGUUUCCGAGUGAAUGACGCCAGCAUUAUUUAUGUCCAGGAUUUCCUCUGUUGGAUCAUUUGAACCCACUUUUUAAUUAUAAGACCUGAGCAUACAGCAAUAUGGAUUUGGCUCUCACGUGAAACCUUGCGUCUGCAAAGCCCAGCAGGAGCGAAUCUGGAAGGAAUAACAAAAGAAGUUGUGUGGAGUGCCACGUGCUUCUCGAAGCAUUUAUUCUUCGAACCAUGAAACUUGAACUGAAUCUUUCAGCAGAAAUCUCUUGGAAUUGAACCAGUCCGAUGCAACAUUGUAUAUUUGCACCUUCCACUAAGUUCUUGCUGAGAGAUUGGGAAUGUGAAGUGCCCAGCCUCUGCUGCCUCGAUGUUUACAUCGAGGCAAGACUCGAUGUUUACAAACCAACUCUGAGAUACUGCUUCUGAAUUUGCCUUGGAGCACAAUAGUGAAGGAACCACUAAGAGUUUUAUAGAUCAAACUUCAAACUGCAGCUCCUUCCCCCUGGUUUGCUUUUUUUCUUCUUUGGAUGCCACCAAAGCCUCCCCUUUGCUAUAGUUUGAUUUUGUGCACUGGAAGCUGUGCAUUAUCCUAGAGUACCGCCAAGCUUUCCCUCCAGUGCUGUUCGGCAGUGCGGUUUUUUUAACUCUUAGUUUUUAAUUUGGGGUGGGAGGGGAAGAACACCAAUGUCCUAGCUGUAUUAUGAUUCUGCAGUGAAGACAUUGCAUGUUGUUUUCACUACUGUACACUUGACCUGCACAUGCAAGAAAAGGUGGAAUGUUUAAAACACCGUAAUCAGCUCAGGGUAUUUGCCAAUCUGAAAUAAAGUGGGAUGGGGAAGUGUGUCCUUCAGAGCAAGGGUACUAAAGUCCCUUUCGCUGCAGUGUGUGAGAGGUAUGUUGUGUGUGAGUGGCCGGAUGUGUGUUUGUGUGCAUGUUUGUGCAUGUGUGACUGUGCAUGUGUUCUAUUUAUCCAUGUGGGAAAGGAUUGGAUAUGUAAGCUUUUAUUUAUUACUUUGGAAUGUGACAUAAUGAGCAGCCACACUCGGGGGAGGGAAGGUGGGUAAGCUGUAACAGAUGCUCCAGUUGCCUUAAACUAUGCACAAAGCUAAGUGACCAAACUUCUUGUUUUGAUUUGAAAAAAGUACAUUGUUUCCUUGUCUCCCUCCCUCCCCGUCCCCUGCCUUUUGAUGAAACAACACCCUUUGAUGGGCCUUUUGAUGUGAACAGAUGUUUUGUAGGACAAAAUCUAAGGACUAAUUUUAAACUUAAAACAUUCCACUUUUGUAAUUUGUUUUAAAUUGUUUUAUGUAUAGUAAGCACAACUGUAAUCUAGUUUUAAGAGAAACCAGUGCUUUCCUUUUAGUUCAGUUGUAUUUCCCUUGUUACUGUAAAAGACUGUUUAUUAAUUAUGUUUACAGUUUGUUGCAACAGCCAUUUUCUUGGGAGAAAGCUUGAGUGUAAAGCCAUUUGUAAAAGGCUUUGCCAUACUCAUUUUAAUAUGUGCCUGUUGCUGUUAACUUUUGAUAAAUAAAAACUUAUCUUUUCACA